UUCGUUCAGCAGUUCGUUCCUUCGUCGCAGUUGUUUUGCUCAGACCGGUACUUUCCGUUUUAAACCGAAAGUGUGUGCGGAUUUCGCGUGAACAGUCGAAUUCAGUUCGUUACAGCAGCAGAAGAAGAAGAAGCUGAGUUCUGUAACCGGAAGUGUAGCGCAGCUUCGUUAUCAGCUUCGAGCACGGGACUGCACGUGAGAGAAACGUGACGAAAUCGGCGCGUGCGGUUCAUCCCGAGGAUAUAUAUAUAUAUAUAUAUGUGUGUGUGUGUUAAUAUAUAUAUAUAUAAAUAAAUAUAUAACAGUAGAAGUAAUUUUGUUACUAGGAUACGACGCGCGCGCACGUCGUGCCGGUCACGUGCUGCAGUCGAGGCGCACGUGACUCUGUGCAGAUGAGCAGGACCGUCGGUUCGGUACAGAUCGGUAUUAUAUCGGGUUUAGUUCGGGUGAGGGAUGAGUGCUUUGGGUCGGAACGGUCUGAUCGGGCUCGGUAUCGGGGUCACUGUGAGCACCGGUAUGAUCGCCUUCCUGCUCAUUAAGGAGAUGGUGCGGAGGAGACGCGAGCGCCGCCUGGUGGCGUCCCGGAGCGGUGCAGGGUUCGGACAGGACAUGAGGACAGGCCUGGGGCAGGACAGUGGAGCCGUGCUAGCGUGUGCCCUGGGCGGGUUGACCCCGGAGCAGCACGCUGAGCUGAGGAAUACGCUGGACGAGGUGAUGAUGAGCGUCUCCACUCUGCGUGGUGAAGUGGCCGAGCUGAGGAGCGGUCUGAGGGACAUCGCCAACACCAUCGUCGAGGACGUCAGGAAAAGCGUGGUGGAGGGUCAGAGGCCGCGGCGGCGGCGGCACUUCCCGGCGAGGGAGCGCUCCGACUCGAUGAGCUCCAGCUCCAUCUACUUCACGGCGAGUAACGGGAUGACGACUCGGAGCGAGGGCGGAUACACGACUGCUUAUUCAACUGCGGAGUCUGAGUAUACAGACCGAGAGACAGACAGAGACGAGGACCGCGAUGAGGAGGACGAAGAAGAGGAGAGCAGCUGCGUUACAGUUCUGACCCUGCAGCCGGACCAGCUGCACACGGAGGAUGAUGAUGUGGACGCUGAUGAAGAACUGCUGGGUCCUGAACUUUACCUGCUGCUGUCUCAGUGUGACGUCCUGCACGCCGGGGAUUCUGGGGAAAAAACCGAAGCCUUCAACCUGCUGACGGAGAACAAACCUCUGUACAGCGAUAAUGUCGAGUUUCUAUGGCGAUUGGCUCGAGCCUACAACGAUAUGUGCGAGAUUGCAGAGGACGAGGAAGAGAGGCAGAGCUACGCAGAACAAGGUCGUGAGGAGGCGGAGUCUGUGCUUCAGAGGAACACACUGAACACCAACUGCCAUAAAUGGUUUGCUGUGCUGACCAGUCAGACGUCUCAGCAUGGCAGCAUGCACAGUAAACUGAAGAGCAGCUACAUCCUGAAGGAACACCUGGAUCACGCUUUGGCACUGAGAGAUGAUGACCCGCUGUGUUUCUACCUGCUGGGCUGCUGGUGCUAUGAGAUCAGCAGGUUGUCAUGGUUGGAGCAGAAGGCAGCAGCUGCUAUCUAUGAAACUCCUCCAUGUUCCUCUCUGCACCACGCUCUGGAGAACUUCCUCAAGGCCGAGGAACUGAAGCCAGGAUUUUCCCGAGCAGUGAGACUCUACAUCGCCAAGUGUCAUAAAGAUUUGGGGAACGAAUCAGAAGCGAGGAGCUGGGCGGGCCUGGCGUUGGACACGCCUCCGGACGCCCACCAGGAGGCGGGGCUCACAGGAUUGGAGGCGGAGCUACAGGGGUUGAUCAACUGCCCACCUAAAAAGAUGUAAAGACCCCCCCCCCCCAAUACACCAUAAUGGAUCAUUCCAAUGGAAGCUCGAGUGUGUAAUAUGAAAACUGACCAGGAGGAGGAGGUCACCUACUGAGGGACCCACGUUUUAUGAGUAGAUGAUGAUGUAACAUCCUGCUAACUGACCAGUGUGUGUGUUUACUACAUAAUUAAAGUAUUUAUUUCAGGUGUAACUGGUGUGUGUGUGUGUGUAACGAAGGAAAUAAACUCUACCUGACUAUAA